GACGUAAUUGGACGUAGCCUGUCAGAAACCAGGAAGUGGGUCGCUCGCUGUUGUUUGUGUUCGUUGGUCGGUUAUCGUCUGUUUUUCGAUUUUAUAUAUCGUUUUCGCGGGCCGAAAUGGCGACGUUUAUUUCAGUACCGUUAAAAAAGUCCUCCGAGGUGGAGUUGGUGAAACCACUUUCUAAAUUUAUAACAGCUACGUACCCAGCGGGCGAGGAGCAGGGGGAGUAUAUCCGUGCCGUGGAUGAGUUGAACAAGCUCCGUAAGAACGCGCUGGGAAGGCCGCUGGACAAACACGAGAGCUCCCUGGAGAUCCUACUCAGAUACUACGACCAACUGUGUGCAGUCGAGCCCAAGUUUCCCUUCUCUGAAAACCAGCUCUGCUUAACCUUUACCUGGAAGGAUGCCUUUGAUAAAGGAUCGCUGUUUGGUGGCUCAGUCAAGCUCGCUUUGGCUAGUUUGGGCUACGAGAAGACUUGUGUGUUGUUCAACGCAGCCGCAUUGGCCAGUCAGAUCGCCUCCGAGCAGAACCUGGAUAACGAUGAAGGACUGAAGAAUGCAGCCAAGUUCUAUCAGCUGGCCAGCGGGGCGUUCGGUCACAUCAAGGACACCGUGCUGACGGCGCUCAACAGGGAGCCCACCAUGGACAUCUCUCCUGAGACGGUGGGAACCCUGAAGCUCAUCAUGCUGGCGCAGGCCCAGGAGGUCUUCUUCCUCAAAGCCACCUCAGACAGGAUGAAGGACGCUGUCAUCGCAAAGUUGGCCAACCAGGCAGCCGAUUUCUACGGCGAAGCCUGCAAGCAGUGCCAGUACAAAGACAACCUUCCCAAGUAUUUUUAUUUCCAGGAAGUGCUGUCGGUGCUGGCAGCCAAGCACACCAUCAUGCAAGCCAACGCUGAGCUGCACCAGAGCAUGGUGUCCAAGCAGAAGAAGCACUUUGGGGAGGAGAUCGCUCGCCUGCAGCGCUCUGCAGAGCUGGUGAAGACGGUGGCCUCUGGUUACGACGAGUACGUGAGCGUCAAAGAUCUGAGUGAGAAGAUCAACCGAGCCCUGACCGCAGCCAAAAAAGACAAUGACUUCAUCUACCACGACCGCGUACCUGAGGUCAAGGAUCUCGAACCAAUCGGCAAGGCAGCGCUCGUCAAGGCCACCACCAUCACGCCUCCACUAAGCCAGAAAUUCGCAGACUUGUUUGAGAAGAUGGUGCCCAUGGUGGUGCAGCAGUCCAUGAGCAUUUACUCCCAGAGGAAGUCUGAGACUGUAAACAGACUGGUGGGAACAAUGAGGGAGGCGACCAAUCUGUGCAACGGGGUGUUGGCGUCCCUCAACCUGCCGGCCGCUCUGGAGGACCUGUCAGGAGAUUCUAUCCCACAAUCCAUUGCUGAGAAGGCCCGGGCCGUCGUGCAGCUGGGAGGACUGCAGAGCAUUGAGCAGCUGAUCAGAGACCUGCCUGAGCUGCUGACCCGCAACAGAGAGAUCCUGGAUGAGUCUCUGAAGAUGCUGGACGACGAAGAGACGACGGACAACGAGCUGAGAACCAAGUUCAACCAGCGUUGGAACAGAACCCCCUCUGGAGACCUCUACAAGUCCCUGCGCGCAGAGGGCGCUAAAUAUCGCACCGUCUUGGACCAGGCCGUCCAAGCGGACCAGGUGGUGAAGGACCGCUACACCACCCACUGUGAGAUGAUCGCCCUGCUGUGUAAACCGGAGAACGAGCUUAAUGCCGCCAUCCCCUCCGCCAACCCGACCAAGACCCUACAGGGCAGCGAGGUGGUGAACGUGCUGCGCUCCCAGCUCGCCCAGCUGGACGCCAUGAAGAAGGAAAGGGAGACCGUGGAGGAAGAGGUCAAGGCCGUGACCUUCGACAUGUCCACCUGCUUCCUGACGGCGCUCUCCCAGGAUGGAGCCAUCAAUGAGGAGCAACUGUCACUCUCCCAGCUCGACAAGUUGUACGGCGCCUACAACCAGCGGGUGCAGGCCACCCUGCGCACGCAGGAGGAGCUUCUGGGACAAGUGCAGACGUCCCACCAGGAGUUCAGCAGUCUGAAGCAGUCCAACACAGAAGCCAACCAGAGGGAGGAGGUCCUGAAGAAGCUGGCUUCAGCCCACGACAGCUACGUCGAGAUCAGCAACAACCUGCGCGAAGGCACCAAGUUCUACAACGACUUGACGGAAAUCCUGCUCAAGUUCCAGAACAAAUGCAGCGACAUUGUUUUUGCUCGCAAAACCGAGCGGGAUGAACUACUUAAGGACUUGCAGCAGAGCAUCGCCCGGGAGCCCAGCGCUCCAUCCUUCAACGUCCCUUCCUAUCAGAGCACCCCUGCUGUCCCUGCCGGAGGCCCAACCCCCGCACCCAGGACCGUCUUUCAACCUCAGCAGCCCCAGGCCAAGACCCAGCCCCCAGCCAGGCCUCCUCCACCGAGCGUCACCCCUCAAGCAGCCUCCAACGCACCCGUCAAUGCGCCACUAACGAGCCCGCCCAACAGCAACCCACCACCUAUGGCCCCACCAACCCAGGCCCAGGGCCCGCCUUACCCCAGCUAUCAAGGCUAUCCAGGGUACUUCCAGAUGCCUGGAUACAAUCCCUAUGCCUACGGACAGUACAACAUGCCCAACAUGCCCAACAUGCCCACCAUGCCCACCAUGCCCACCAUGCCCAACAUGCCCAACAUGCCCUACAUGGCCUAUCAGCAGACUCCAGGACAGGGAGGCUACCCAGCAGCCCCUCCUCCCGGACAGCCCUACUCUGGUUACCCCCAGCAACCCCCUCAGCAGCAGCCCUACUACCCUCAGCAAUAAAUCCCCUCUCCAUCCUCUCACUCCUUAUCUCACCAAAUAAAAAAUAACCCUCAGCAAUAACACUUCAUCUCCGUUCGCUCCUCUGUCAUGUUUUUUUUUUUUCUCUCUUAACAGCAGCUAUAGAAAACCUAGUGAGAGUCGACCUUUGAGCUGCUUUCCACUUCUCUAUUUGCUACAUCUCAUUAUUAACCCCACCCAUUUUUUCUAUCCUAACUCAUGUUUACUGGGUUCCAACUUCACUUUUCCUAAACACUCAACUUUUUUCAAUGCACUAACCCCUUCUUUUUUCUGUAGACUAAUGUUUUUUGUUGAUUGUUUAAUUUAAACCCUGACUGGUUUCCAUUGUCUGCUGUACAACACGCAUGGAGUCGCACAGCAUCCUAGGAUGGCUCUUCGUUUCCUGGUUUUGGUGUGUGUGUGUGUGUGUUGGGGGGGAGGAGUUUGUCAUUGCUAGUCAUGCCACAUCGUCACUCCCCCCAACCCCCCACCCCACCCACUCAAUCAACCCCGAGUGAUUCUAUAUCAAGUAUAUUCCUAUUUUUGUAAUGAAUACUGAUGCCUCGCUGAUGUAUAAACCUAUAAAAACGAAUGGCCUGUAGGUUUUCUAAUGUAGACGACUGCUUUUUUUUUUUUUCACUCUUUUCUCUCUCACCCGGGGAAUGUUGAGAUAUUUCUGUGUUACAAUCAGACGCUAUAGACAUGGGAAAAAAUGGCUCUAUAAUAUAAAUAUAUGUAUAAAUAAGAAUCUGUACGUGGUUAACCGAAACACUCUGUGUGCAGCACUCAUGCUCUUGGUGUUUUUUUUUUAUUCCUCAACUCUAAUGGGAUUAAAAACAUCAACCGCCA